AUGACACAACAAAAGACAACUAACAAGCCCCGAGGCAACGAUGAUCUCUCGCUCCCCAAAGCGACCGUCCAGAAGAUCAUAACCGAAAUCCUGCCGCCGCCGUCGGGCCAAAACUUCGCCAAAGAUGCACGAGAUCUCCUUAUCGAGUGUUGCGUUGAGUUCAUCACCCUGAUCUCGUCGGAGGCAAAUGAAAUCAGUGAAAAGGAGGCAAAGAAGACUAUCGCCUGCGAACACAUCGAGAAAGCCCUUACAGACCUCGGGUUUGGCGAUUACGUGCCUGAUGUACUUGCUGUUGCGGAGGAGCAUAAAGAACAUCUAAAGUCCCGCGAGAAACGAACAAAUAAGAUUGAGCAAAGCGGUAUGUCUGAGGAACAGCUUUAUCAGCUCCAGCAAGAACUCUUCAGAUCUGCUGGUGAAAAGUACCAUGCAGGAAGCUAG